CCUCCUCGUCCUCCUCGCCGCGGCCACUCCGCCACCACACUGCCACGCCGCCCUCCCUCGCCAAUGCCGACCGGCCUCUUCCUCGCCGCCGCCGCGAAGCUCUGACGGAGAACCGGAGGCGCCGCCGCCGCGUGCCCCGCGCCCCAGCCUCUGUGCCGCCGCCGAGAACCGAGAGCCGCGAGCUCUCCGAUUGCGCGUCGAGAUUUCUGCAACCGCUUUACGGUUCUUGGUUCCGUGAAAGGGGGGAGAAUCAGGCGCCAUGGGGAGCGAGCCCAAGGAGAUGAAGUACAGGCGGAGGGCGAGGGCGCCCGAGCCGGGGGACUACGGGCAAUGCGGCGGGGGCGGCGGCGUGGUGGACUGGGCCGCGCUCAAGCAGCAGGACCCGGCGGAGCUGCUCAGGAAGCUGGACGAGAUACGGGACCAGAUCACCAGGUCCUGCGAGGCCGCGGGGCCGCGGCCGGCGGACCCGCCGCACCGCAUGGGCCGAGGCGCCGUCUCCAUGCGCCACUCGCACGCCGACCCCCUGCCACCCCCGCCGGGCCGUGGUGCGCCGCCGGAGUACUACCGCUCCUCGCGCCACGCCGGCCGGUACGGGCAAGGCGGGCCGCCGAGCUCGUACGACCAGCGGUCCGUGUGCGAUGACAGGUACGCGAGGCAGCCCAGCGGGAGGUUCCGGCAGCCGCGCCCGGAGGGGCAGUGGGAGGGCUAUGGCUACGGCGGCCACCACAGCUCGUGCCAGUGUGGGCAGUGCGUGCACGGCCAGCGGGCCAUGCCACCGCAGGAGGAGAGCAUUCCGAUGGCCAGGUUCUUCGCGGGGCAGCAGAGGCCGCCGUACCAGUUCGACAGGUCCGCCUCGUCGAUAUCGUCAGAGUACGACCGGAGAUCGGUGGCCUCGUCGCUCUACUCGCACCUUUCGAUGUCCAAGAGAAGGGUGGAGUACUUCAGCAAGAGGGCAGACAGCUUCUGCCGGCCGACGAAGGGCGGCGCGCCGUUCGUCGUGUGCAGCUCCUGUAACCAGCUUCUGCAGCUGCCUCCUGGGAAAUGCACAUCACCGAAGCAGAACCAGGUUCAGUGUGGCUCCUGCUCAGAGGUUGUUACUUUGAAGCUCAAGGGUGCGAAAGUUCACCCGGUGAUCCCAUCAUCGUCUUUCAGUGUACCGAAAAGCGUGAGAAGCUCCGAUCGUCGGGCUCCUCAAAGUUCUGGGUGGUAUCCAUAUGAGGAUGAUGACACUUCCAGUUUCGGUAGCUAUCGACAGAAACAGAAUUUUUCCGACAAUCUGUCGCAGUCUUCUAUUGGAAGCUAUGGCAGCAGCACAAGCAAAGAGCGGGGGCCAAACAAGAUCAGUCAGGUAAAACCUGUAUCCGUCAGCAAGUCUAGAUUUGCAGAUAGCCCAAAAGAUAUAUUAUGUCAAGGAGAUGCAGACAGUCAGGUCGAAGCUUCAGUUAUUCGCACAAUCAGUCCACAAGCCCCAGUUUUAGAGGAUAAACUUGUUGAUCCCUUUUCCAGCCAGCAAAAUGAUUGCAGUGGUGGGGAUCAAAUCAAGAGCAAGAGGUAUGGCUUAAAUAGCAAAGGAAACUUUGAUGUUAGAGGUGAGAGGAUUGAUGUGAAAUGUGAACAAAAGAGCAAUGAAAGUCGGAAGGAUGGAUUUAGUGGAGAAACUAUGAAGAAAACAUAUGGACAGAAAUAUCUCAAGCAACUUAAUGCUAGUUGUCAUGAUGGUCACAUGGGUAGCAAGAACACGCGGAAGGCCAAUAGUGAUGAUAGCAGGAGCAGCAGCCUUGAAGAUGAAGCUACAAGCAAAAAGUAUGAAGAAAAGAGCAGACAAGAUGACAACAACUUUGAGGCUCAAGGCGUUAAUAAGAGAUACGACAACUGCAACAAGGAAGGUUAUAACAAUGACUUUGGAUUUGAUAGCAUUACUAAGACAUGUGAAGAAGAGAGCGUACAAGAUGACUAUGCGAAAUCACUGUCCUCGAACUGUGAAAAUGCCAAGGGAGUAGCCAAAAAUGAGUCAUCAGUCAGUGAGCGAACAAAUACUAGCUCGCAUGUCUCUUCUGAUGCUGGGCUAGAUGAAAUUCAAUCUUCAGCUGGUAAGAGUGGGGAUUCAUCAUUUUUUGGUGGUUUCUUAAAGAAAGGUUUCAAAGAUCUUUCUUUAUUCAACCAGUCUAUGGACAGUGUCAAGGUUUCCAUCAAUGGUCAUCCAAUCUCUGAACGUGCUCUUCAUAAGGCGGAGAAAAAAGCUGGUCCUGUUAGCCCUGGUUCAUAUUGGUAUGACCAACGUGCUGGAUUUUGGGGUGUCAUGGGGCAUGAGUGCAGCGGCAUUAUUCCUCCAUUUAUAAAAGAAUUCAGUUAUUCAAUGCCCAAGAAUUGUGCCGGUGGGAACACUGGAGUGCUUGUAAAUGGCAGAGAACUUCAUCAGAAAGAUUUCGAUUUGCUUGUAAAGAGAGGCCUUCAACGUUUCUCUGAAAAAUCAUAUACCGUUGAUAUCUCAGGAAAUGUGAUUGAUGCUGCAACUGGAGACAAAUUACGCAGCCUUGGAAAGCUCGCUCCUACAAUCGAGAAGAUGAAACGCGGUUUUGGCAUGCACGUCCCUGAAGAGAUAAGUUAGCACUCUGACUGUCUAUGAUGAUGGCUCCUUGCUUUGCUAUCCCCGUGCCCUACCACACCUGUAAGCUGCCUGUGCAAGUUAAAUGUUUGGACUAUCCUAUGGAAGAAAGCCUUCUAGAUGAUACUACUUCUUGUGGCCUAGCUGCGCAGCAGCACCAAUUAUACUCCCAGGAAAACCUAUUUCCACACAUUGCUUUCCUUUACUUGAGAUAUAUCCCCUAAUGAUAUAUUCGGGCCGAGGUAGCUCCAAGUUCCUCUUAUUGUGCAUCCACACAUUCCAUUCCUUUACCUGAAACAUCCAUCCAGAUAUAUCUCCUGAUCAUAUAUUCGGGCAUGACGCAGCUCCAAGCUCCUCCUGUUGUGCUGUUUUCUCAUCUCGUCCACUGCAUAUGUAUGUUGUCAAUGCAGUUCUUCGUCGGCAUAGGUAGCAUUGAAAUGUACGAUAUCUUUGUGGGGUUGUAAUACAGCGGUAGAAUCCUUCUACCUUGUGGAACCAACUGUAAAUAUCAACUCUCUGCCACCACCUGCUGGGUGGGUGGCUGGUGUGUGCUUUCUGAAAUGCAAACCUGGUUUGUACACCUGUCCUGUGCCCGGGAAUCACAAUUAUCUGUCAGUUUGGACCAUGGUUGGAAUGCUAUAAUAACAUAGUGUACAUACUGCUGCAA